AUGCACACAGAAGUGGUAAGUCUUGGAGAGCGGAGUCGCUGCCUGAGGAAAACCCUGGUGAUAGGGAGACCUGGAUCAAAAGUAGCCUCAGUGGUAGUUGUCUCCUUGAAUAUCAGAGUGCUCUUCAAAGGCCACGUGGCCUGCAGGAAGGCUCUCGACAGCACCACAGUCGCAGCUCAUGAGUCGGAGAUCUACUGUAAGAUCUGCUACGGGCGCAGAUAUGGCCCCAAGGGGAUCGGGUACGGACAAGGCGCGGGCUGCCUCAGCACGGACACGGGCGAACAUCUGGGCCUCCAGUUCCAACAGUCUCCAAAGCCGGCACGCUCAGCCACCACCAGCAACCCUUCCAAGUUCACUGCGAAGUUCGGAGAGUCUGAGAAGUGCCCUCGAUGCGGCAAGUCGGUCUAUGCUGCUGAGAAGGUGAUGGGAGGUGGCAAGCCUUGGCACAAGACCUGUUUUCGCUGCGCCAUCUGUGGGAAGAGUCUAGAGUCCACGAACGUCACUGACAAAGAUGGGGAACUUUACUGCAAAGUUUGCUAUGCCAAAAAUUUUGGCCCUACGGGUAUUGGGUUUGGAGGCCUAACACAUCAAGUGGAGAAGAAAGAGUGAAGAGUGUGAC